AUGCCUCUGCACCGGCGCCGCUCAUCCUUCUUGGGACAGCCGUCAUCCGAGCGCCCGGCCGCCGCCUCCUGCGGGAGGAGCGGCUCGGUCGGCGCCGCUGCCCCCCGUGGCGUCUUUGUGGGCUCCGCUCCUCCGGUGGGCGGGGCAUCCAGCCUGGGCACGCGGGUUUCCCGGCGGGCUCUGGGCAUUAGCAGCGUGUUCCUGCAUGGGAUGAGGAGCAGCACGGCCCCAGUGGUGCCCCGGGCCGGGGACCGGACAGCGGGUCACGGGCCGGCAGCCGGACUGAACAGCUGCCUGAUGGAGUACAGAGACAAAGUGAGAGCGCUGGAACAACUGAACCAGCAGCUGGAAGAACAAAUACGGCUCUGUCUGGACCGCAAGGCGUCCAGUGCCGGAGCCUGGGGACCGCUCAGGAGGGAGUGGGAGGACGUCUACAGACAGGUCAGUGAAGCCAUCCUGGAUAACGCUCGUCUGAUGCUGCAGACAGAGAACGUUCAGGCCAACGCCGAGGACUUCAAGGACAGGUACGAGAAUGAGCAGCCGUUCAGGAAGGCGGUGGAGGAGGAGAUCAGCUCUCUGUACAAAGUCAUCGACGAUGCCAACCUGACAAAGGCCGAGCUCGAGGAUCAGAUGGAGAACAUGAGAGCUGAGCUACGCAACCUGGAGCACAACCACGAGCAGGACGUCCGAGUCCUCUACAGUCAGAUGGCGGGACGCGAGGUGGACGAACCCGAUGCUCCCAUAGAAACCAGUCUGGACCAGAUCCUGGCCUACAUCAGGGGCCACUGGGAGAAGGUGACGGAGAGGAACCGAGCAGAGACCGACAGCUACCAGCUGGAGUGUAAGGAGGCGCAAUGUAUGAGCAGCAGGCUGAGUCCUGAGGAGGAGCAGGUGGAGGCGCUGAAGGCCGAGUGUAACGACACCGGCUGUAAGAUCCAGAGUCUGCAGGCCGAGACCGAGUCCAUCAGAGCGCUGAAACGAGGUCUGGAGAACUCCCUGAGCGACGCCCGCCACUGGCACGACAUGGAGCUGCAGAACCUGGGCUCCGUGGUGUCCAAGCUGGAGGCGGAGCUGGCCGACGUGCGCGGAGAGAUCGAGCAGCAGCGCCGCGACUACGACACGCUGCUGUGCAACAAGCAGCGGCUGGAGCAGGAGAUCGGCCUGUACCACGGCAUCCUGGACGGGGAGGAGAGCCGCUUCCAGCCCGGGGACGCACCGUGUUCAGGUCUGCGCUCAGAGCCCGAGACAGCUGCCAAUGCCCCUGCUGCUCCAGACUCCAGGACUGAGCCUCCAGGACCUCCAGGAGCUCAAGGACCGUGAUCCCUGUGGAGAACCUGAGGAGCAGAUCAAAGCCCAGCAGAGAGUCUCUGGAUCUUUGUGUCUAUUCAGACUAACGUGGACUCUGCUGGAGGAUUUUCCACCUGGUGACGUGUGCAGGUUUGAGCGGCGCAGAGAGCCGGCGACAGGAAGUCCAGAGUGUGAGGCAGUGUUAUGUUUUUCCGCUGAUGAAGCAGCUGAAUGUGACUGUAAUGUGGUGGACAUCACAGAGGUCCUCAGGUAAACCUGUUCCCUGAGGACCUCACCUGACAUAGGCCUCAGAUCCAGACCCUAAGGUGUUCUGGGGUUCUGGAGCCACCCGGCCCGAUUGGACUCAACAAAUUCCAUUAUUCUUUUGUAACCUGGGUAAAGACAUCAAUCAAAGUGUGACUUUGACGUCAGAGUCUGGGACUCGGACCAGUGAUCUCUGUCAGUGUGGUUUGUGUUUGCUGGUCCAGUUUCCUGAAGGAGAAGCAGGAAAGUGCAGUUAGUUGUUCUCACCCAAAGUCCGGAUCCACGGAGUUCUGAGGGUAAGAUCCAGGCCGAAAGACAGCAGACAGCACGAUGCAUGGUCACAUGACACACACCGAGGACCAGAGUCAAGUGUUCUACCUGCGUACCGUUUCAUGCUGAAGUGAUGACAUCACAGCAGGUGUUUGGAUUUCCUGAUCAAUAAACUGAUUAUUCUGAUAUUUUGAAAUAAAAACAUGCUGAUCAUGUUUAUGUGUUUAAGCUGCUGCUGGUUGAAUAAAGUUUUA